AUGGCUGCUGCACCGGUCAAUGGCGUUCAGCCCGCCCAGCCUGUCCAGCCUAUCCAAAAUAGACUGCUGGACCAAGUCAUUCGGACUCCUGGACGGAUGCCAUCCCCCCAGCCUACACAUUUGAGCGUGCCUGGACCAGGACUUGCUACCCCGCGAGUCCUACCUCAGGAAGGGUCUGGAUAUGUUGCCCCCAAGUUUGAGGGCAAGGAGAAGCAGAUGGAAGCCGUCAUGGACGGGGUAGAGGACAAAGGAUUCAUUCCUCCGGACUUCGUGGAAUCAGAGACCACUUGGUUCUAUAACGAGCUGGGCAUUGACGACAACUAUUUUGCUACGGAAACUGUAGAAGCGGUUGUGAACCAUAUCCACUCCCUUUAUGCAGCGAAAGUGGCAGCUUAUGCCCGCGACGACAAACGUUUGGAAAUCCGACUUGAUAAGGAGGCUGGAGACCAUGCGGUGUACAUCGAUACUAGCAAGCCUGGAAUCUCAGUCAUGGAUGGCCCACGAUACGAACAACGAAUUGACGAGAAAUACUUAGACGGAUCCAAGGGAGGCAAGGGCUACCGUGUAGAAAGCUUCCGCUCAGCCAGUCCACUCCCUGGAGCCCAGGAGCAGCAAUUGCGCUGCUACUUUGUCUACCAGUGUGAUUUCGUAAACCCAGACCUGGGCGAGACAGAGAUCGAUAUUGAGAAAGUCGGAGACAAGCGAUUUCUUCAGAAAGCCACCGCAAAUACGAAGCAAGUGUACCAACAAGCACUUGAGGCUGCAAUUGAACGGACUGGUCCCGUGAUUGAAUACUUCGAUAUCGAAGGCUCUCGGGAGAAGCGACUUGUCAUUGCCUACAAGCAGGGCUCAGCAAUGGGAUUAUUCAGUGCGCUGAGCGAUCUAUAUCACUACUACGGAUUAACGUCCUCCCGGAAAUAUGUUGAGCAGUUCUCCAAUGGCUAUACGGCGAUGUCUCUGUAUCUCCGACCCCUUCAGGGAACUUCAUCUGCGAAGCACCCACCAAUUGAAGCCUCCAUUCAUCAGAUCAUCAAAGAGGUUUCGCUCCUGUACUGCAUUCCGCAGAACAAGUUCCAAGCCCACUUCGCAACAGCCAGGCUCAGUCUUCAGGAGACCAUCUACGCACAUUGCGUUUGGGUUUUCGUUUCUCAUUUCCUCAACCGCCUCGGCUCCGAGUACGCUGCGUUGGCUACGCUUUUAGAUACAGAAAACAGCGCCCAUGCUGAACUUCUGUCCAAGUUGAAGCGUCGGUUGCGUGCAGAGACCUUCACUGCGGACUACAUCCUAGAAAUCAUCCAUCAAUACCCAGACCUAGUCCACAGCCUAUAUCUGUCCUUUGCGAACACCCACUACGUCCAGACUCGGGGAGAACAGGAUGAUUUCCUCCCAACCCUGAGUUUCUUGCGUAUCACAGUCGACAAGGUCCUCAGCGACGAAGAACUGGACGAGACCAUCAACAAGUCUGUUGUAAAUGAUCAUCACCAAAUGGUGAUGAGCUCGUUCCUCAUUUUCAACCAAUGUGUGCUCAAAACCAAUUUUUAUACGCCAACGAAGGUGGCUCUCAGCUUCCGCAUGAACCCCAUCUUCUUGCCACCUUCCGAGUACCCCCAGCCCCUGUACGGUAUGUUCCUUGUUAUCAGCUCCGAGUUCCGUGGUUUUCACUUGCGGUUCCGAGACAUCGCCCGAGGAGGCAUUCGUAUCGUCAAGUCCAGAAGCCCAGAAGCAUACGCUAUUAAUGCUCGGUCACUGUUUGACGAGAAUUACAAUCUUGCCAACACGCAGCAACGCAAGAACAAGGACAUUCCUGAGGGAGGCUCGAAGGGUGUCGUCCUUCUUGACUACCAUCACCAAGACAAGGCCCGUGUGGCGUUUGAGAAGUACAUCGACAGUAUUUUGGACCUCCUGUUACCACCCAACAGCCCGGGAAUAAAAGACCCUAUCGUCGACCUGUACGGCAAGCAGGAGAUUCUGUUCAUGGGUCCAGACGAAAACACUGCCGAUCUGGUUGACUGGGCGACCGAGCAUGCUCGGGUUCGAGGAGCACCCUGGUGGAAAUCAUUCUUCACUGGCAAGAGCCCGAAGCUUGGAGGCAUCCCACACGACCGCUAUGGUAUGACUACUCUGUCAGUACGAGAAUACGUCUUAGGUAUCUACCGGAAAUUGAAUCUUGACCCCAGCAAGGUCAAGAAGCUGCAGACCGGAGGUCCUGAUGGCGAUCUUGGGUCCAAUGAGAUUCUUCUCAGCAACGAGAAGUAUGUUUCUAUCGUGGACGGCUCUGGCGUUCUCGUCGACCCUAAAGGUAUAAAUCACGACGAGCUUCUCCGACUGGCGAAGAAGAGGGUCAUGAUCAGUCAAUUUGACACUUCGAAACUCUCGCCAGAAGGUUACCGCGUCUUGGUAGAUGAGAACAACAUCAGACUGCCAACUGGAGAGCUUGUCUACAACGGUACAACGUUCCGCAACACCUUCCACUUACGUAGUGACAUGCAUUACGACACCUUUGUUCCUUGUGGUGGACGCCCAGAGUCCAUCGACCUUACUACGGCAAAUAAACUCAUUGUCGACGGCAAGUCGGUCAUUCCAUACAUUGUCGAAGGUGCCAAUCUGUUUAUCACUCAAGAUGCCAAGCUUCGGCUUGAGAAGGCUGGGUGCAUUCUGUAUAAGGACGCUUCAGCCAACAAAGGUGGUGUCACGUCUUCUUCCUUAGAGGUGCUCGCCUCUCUCUCGUUUGAUGAUGCAGGCUUUAUCAAGCAUAUGUGCGUUGGAGAGGACGGAAUUGCGCCUGAGUUUUACGACAAGUACGUCAAGGAGGUCCAGAGAAUCAUCCAAAACAACGCGAAGCUCGAGUUUGAGGCCAUCUGGCGUGAACACCAAGCCACUGGCGAGCCUAGAAGCACUUUGAGCGACACUCUCAGUGUCGCUAUUACGAAGCUUGACGAGGAACUUCAGGGUACAGAGUUGUGGGACAAUACCGAGUUCAGGAAAUCAGUCUUGAGCGAGGCUUUGCCCAAUCUUCUUCUUCAGCAGAUUGGCCUGGACAAGAUCAUGGAGAGGGUGCCCGAUAAUUACCUACGUGCCAUCUUCGGCAGUUAUCUAGCUAGUCGAUUUGUGUAUGGCUAUGGGAUCUCAGCCAGCCAAUUUGCGUUCUUUGACUUCAUGAACAAGCGCAUGGCGAAGCUGAAAGCCUGA